AUGGAGCAAUCUCGCCUUGGAGUCUUCUUGAUACUCAUAAUCAUCAUCCUACUCGCCCCCGAUGGCAACUCACCCACACAGCGACAUGAGAUCGACCACAUUAUCGAGAGGGAGAAACUAGAGCUCGAAACACUACGAAACUCGACGUUUGGGAAGCCGGGAAACUUAACUGGUAUCAAUACUGAGAAUGAGUCGGUGUUCCCGUCAGAUCUAGUCAGAGGGCAGGUGCGGAAGAUGAGGGAAGAUGUGAUGGCGGAUUACUUCAGGGGUGAUCACAGUUCAGAGGUCCCGGUCAGAAAUGUUGGGAGCCAAGGGACAAAUAAUGGAAUAGAGAAGGAACUGUUAGCCGAAGUACAGAAAUCGGAUAAUAAUGCUCAGGAAAAUAAAAACAACAAACGUGCUCCUAUAUUGAAUGGGCCAUUACCACUGUAUCGGAACGUGUCAGGAACCUUACACGGAGAAUGGAGCCGCGUGAAGCUUCCGGGACUCCUAAUACCACAGUCGAACAUAACGUAUCAAAAGAAUGUCACUGCCGAUAGUGGGAAGAUUACUUUUAAUAUCGAGGAAAAGGAGCCUGGGAAAGUUCAGGAAGUUGGAAUGACUAUGAUGAUUAAGAACGAAGAGGGUGGCGAUUCGAAAGAAAUUACCUUAUAUGGCGUGCAUUUUACGGACUCUGGAGAGAUGGUUCUGACAACUUCUUCCGAGAGAUUUUCAGGAAUAUUCGCGCUUCCCCACUUUACUCUUACAGACGAAUCAUAUAAUCUUUCCAAAACUCUUCUGCUCUCGUCAAUCUCAACAGCAAUACAAAAGCAAGAGGAUUCAUCGCACUCCAACUCUCCCUGGCAAUCAGGCUCCGACCAGGUCUCUGAUCCACGCUGCGAAUAUAUUGUGUAUAUUCAAUUUCAUCCAAUAGAUACCCCAGAAUUUUCAACUCCUCUCAUGUCAUUCUUUCCAUUUGGGCCAAAUCCGUUGCAAUCGCAACAACCCAUGACGCUAGAAACCAUCCACGAGAUUGAGCAGGAACUACGUCGUCCUACUGGUGCACCUGUUCCACCUGCACCCCCAAUAAUCCUUUCCUCUAUCAUCUAUUCCCCUACAUGUGGGUUCGUUCUUAGCACAAAGGGAUCAGAGGGAUUGAAGGUUGAGAAAUACUAUGAUAAGGCAUCCAAUUUCGCAUUGUGUGCUGCGUCUGUAAUGAUUGUGCAGAUCUGGUUAUUGAUCAGACAAAUGAACGAGAGUAAUACGCCAAGUACGGUUAGCAGAGUUAGCUUUUGGACUAUGGCUAUGAUGAGUGUGGUAGAUGGCUACUUGACUAUAGCAUUUUUAGCAGUUUCUAUCUUUGUGGAUUCAUGUUUUUUGCCGUUGGUUUCAGCGGCAUUCUUCUCUUUUUUGCUGGUUUCUCUCUUUGGUAUGCGCUUUCUAAUGACAAUAUACCGCGUCCAACGGCCCGAACGGCGCGCAAACCCACCAGCUGCUCCAGCGACAAAUACAACGCCAGCCCCUGUCCCAAUAAAUCUCUCUGCUAGUGGGCUUCCAGCCCCUGUAACUGCUGCACCACAAACCCCUGUUGUUCUUCCCCCAAACCAAGAUACCAAUGAUUCCGAUGAUGACGGAAGACAAGACCUCGGGAUGCUGUACUCUCGCUUCUACUUCAUUCUCUUGGGAUCCAUAUUUCUAUCCCUUCACGCAACAUCUUGGCCGCCUUUCUUCAGAAAUAUCUUUAUGAAUAGCGCUGUAAUCUUGGCAAACAGCUUCUGGUUACCACAAGUCUACCGAAAUGUCAUGCGCGGAUGUCGAAAAGCCUUCACCUGGGAGUUUGUGGCUGGGAUGAGCUUUUGUAGGAUCUUGCCAGUGUUAUAUAUUUAUUGCUGGAAAGACAAUAUCUUUUAUAUAGAGCCAAAUUUGAAGACGGCAGCUCUGAUCAUAGGUUGGGUCUGGUUCCAAGUCUGUGCUUUAGUGAGCCAGGAGGUGUUUGGGCCUAGAUUUCUGAUACCAACAAACCUUCUCCCACCGGCCUACGAUUACCACCCGAUCCUCCCCCUUGACGACCUAGAAGCUGCAGAUCCCCAGAUCCCUACAUCGCCAUCCACUGUACCUGGGGCAAGAAUCUUCGAUUGUGCUAUUUGCAUGCAAUCAGUUGAAGUGCCCACAAUUUCCAGUGAAAACGAGGCAGGUAGAAGCGGUGGUGUUGGGUUACUUGGGAGGAGAGGAUACAUGGUCACGCCUUGCAAACACGUAUUCCAUUCGAAUUGUUUGGAGGGAUGGAUGAGGUUCCGGCUGCAAUGUCCGAUUUGCAGAAACCCGUUACCGCCGCUGUAG